UACCUGCAUAUACCGUUACUUGGCGUUGGAGGAGCAAUAGCACAUUACUUUACAAUGAGAUGCAUGGUGAGUCAUUGGUUCACAUGGGUGUCACAAUCAAACCAUAUACCUAUGACAAUAAAGACGGAUGAAGCGAGUCCAUGGCUACAGUUACAACUCAAUGCAACAUGUGACAUUGAAAAAUCUUUCUAAUGGUUUACAGGGCAUCUAAACUUCCAAAUAGAACACCACCUAUUCCCAACAAUGCCUCGGCAUAACUUAUAUAAGAUAGCACCACUGGUGAAAUCCCUAUGUGAGAAACAUGACGUACCGUAUAUAGUAAAGCCACUGUGGCAAUCAUUUGCUGACAUAGUCAAGUCGCUAAGAUCAUCUGGGGAGCUUUGGCAAGAAACUUAUAAUGAAUUCCACUGUAAAUAAUGGCUGUACUAGUAUAGUGUAAAUACAAUUGUAUGUUUGUGUAGGGUUUUAUAAUUUCAAACAUUUUCAUAAAAUGGUGAUUGACUUUCUUCUUGUGUGUUACUUGUUCUCAUAUAUAUAAAUAUACAAAAUAUACAUCGUAAUUCAGUUUAUGGAAUCACAAAGUUACUAUUUGUAUGACUUAACUAUCUUAAAUAUUUUAAUUUAGUGUAAAAGUAAUAAACAUGUAACAGGAUGAUCUGAAACUAUGUCUGUCUCCUAAAUUUAAUUGCAUGCCAUGUUAUAGUGUGCUUGCUGGGUUGUUAUUAUAGGAAAGGUAAUCUCUUGGUAAUAUAGCUGACAUUUUAACAUUUAGAGUAUAUGGCUUUCACUUUAAUGUGUGAGAAACUUUACGUGGGUGAGUUUUUUAAGUCUAGUCCACUCCAGUAUGUCCGUGAUGGAACUAAUGUUAGGGGGGAAACUAAAGGGUCCUCCGCCAAUUGAUAGAUCCCUACUCUGACCUUUCAUUUGAAUAACAAUUGAUUUAACUACAAACAUUGACAUGAGGUAUUUUGUUAAAAAAUAUGUUGUGGUGAAAUUCUUAUUAUGUCCACUUAUCUGAUAAUUAGUAUUAGGUCAGGGAUCUAUGCAUAAUACUUCAAAGGUGCCACGUGACCUACCUUUAGUGACGAACAAUGAAACGUAAGGGGUUGGGGGAUAGAAACAAACAGUUUGUCUGUUUGAUUUGUGUUGGAGAUAAGGGGCACGGUUAAUAGAGAGAAGUAUAAAGGUUUAAGGUUUCUCAGCCUAAUAUUUUAUCAUUUUGUACCCAAUUACUAUAUAUAUAUUUACAUGUAGAUUUAUAUUUCAUUGUUAUGGCAUCCUACUUUUAUACUUGUUAUUUUGAUUCGCAUCUGCCUUAGUAAUACAAUGCUUCACUGUAAUGCUUAUAUCAACUGUUAUUUCAAGUUUACAAAUAUUUAUAUAAUGUGUUUAUAAUG